GGGCGCUCUUUGCUCCCAGUUCCCUCCCAGUGCUCCCAGUAAGAGCGGCACUGACGGGGAAAGCGCUCCCAGUUCCUUGCCGGGGCUCUCAGCAUCGCUGCCGCUGCUCUCCGUGUCAUUCCCAGCGCUGCCAGUAUCACUCGCAGCGCCGCGCGGGUCGCAGCCGCUCCCACACCGCCCAGGGCAGAGCGCGGCUGCUUUUGGGUGUCGGCACCUGCCCGGGCCGGGCUGGGAGCGGAGGAGCAGCGGGAGGAAGAGGAGGAGCGGGAAGAGGAGGAAGGGCAGCAGCGGGAGGAAGAGGAGGGACGCAGGAGGAGCGGCAGGAAGAGGAGGAGCGAUUUUGGAACCACGCGCUUCUGCCGCCCGCCCGCACAGAGCGCAGCUUCGCCCGGGCGCGGCAGCAUCGCCCCCCAAAAAGCCGCAGGAUUUCCCAAACCUUUGCUUGCACUGAGGAAGAGAAGGAGGCCAUGAGGACGAGGUCGAUGGCCCGGGAGCCGCAGGCAGACAAGGAGCUGAGCACGGACAGCAGGGAGGAGAAAUCCCCGCGGCACAGCCUCGGCCAAGAGGCCGUUUGCAGCGGCUCCACGGCGCAGGAAUGCAACGGGGAGGAAAAGCCCCGCAGAUCCCGCACCAGGAGGGGCUGCAAACGCACAGCCCGGGGAUCGCAGCAGGAAAGCCCCAGCCCGGGCCGGGGAGGCGGCCGGAGCUCGGAGCUGGGGCUGCGUGAGCAGCGUCACCACGGGGAGAAGCCCCACAAGUGCUCGCAAUGUGGGAAGGGCUUCAGGUGGAGAUGGGGACUGACAGAGCACCAGAGAAUCCACACAGGGGAGAAGCCCUAUGAAUGUGGGAACUGUGGGAAGAGAUUCAGGCAGAGCUCACAGAUGACUCUGCACCGGAGGAUCCACGCUGGGGAGAAGCCCUACGAGUGUGAUAAAUGCAUGAAGACGUUUUUAUUAAGAAUCCAACUCCUCAAGCACUGUCGCACUCACAGGGAUGAGAGGCCUUAUGAGUGUCCGGACUGUGGGCAGGGCUUCAAGCACAAGUCCGGACUCAUCAUCCACCGGCGCAUCCACACUGGGGAGAGACCAUACGAGUGUGAUAAAUGCAGGAAGAGGUUUCAGACCAGUUCUCAUCUCCUUGUGCACUAUCGCAUUCACAAGGACGAGAGACCGUUCCGCUGCUCCGACUGCGGGAAGGGUUUCAAGUGCAAGUCGCAUCUCGUCACCCACCGGCGCAUCCACACAGGGGAGAGGCCCUACGAAUGUGGGGAGUGUGGGAAGAGAUUCAGCCACAGCUCAAACCUGACUGUGCACCAGAGGACCCACAGUGGAGAGAGGCCCUACGAGUGUGGGGAGUGUGGGAAGAGAUUCGGCCAGAGCUCACAGCUGACUGUGCACCAAAGAAGCCACACCGGGGCGAGGCCGUAUAAGUGUGAGGAGUGUGGGAAGACAUUCCGGCAGAUCACCAGUGUGACUGUGCACCAGCGGAGCCAUACAGGGGAGAGGCCCUACGAGUGUGAAAAAUGCAGGAAGAGGUUUCCGACCAGCUCCAAUCUCUUCCUGCACUAUCGCACGCACAGGGAUGAGAGACCUUAUGAGUGUCCUGACUGCGGGAAGGGCUUCAAGCAGAACUCACAACUUGUCGCCCACCGGCGCAUCCACACCGGGGAGAGACCCUACGAGUGUCCCGAGUGUGGGAAGAGCUUCUCAAGGAGGUCUCACUUGACCCAACACCAACGGAGGAACCACUGAGGGAAGCCCUGCGAGUGCCCCGAGUGCGGGAAGAGCUUCGUGCGCUGCUCCAGCUCCAUCCCCCAUGGCAGGAUCCGCGCUGGAUGAUCCCCAGUGACCCCCGGUGGGCAGAGCCCCGCUGAGCCCUGGUGCCGCUGAUCCGUGGUGGGAAGACACCUGGCUGGGGGCUCCACAUCCUCCUGGCUCCCCGUUCCCUGAAUUGUCUUUGCAUUUCUCUCUGUCCCUCCAAAACACCCAGAAGGAGGGUAAAAUGUCGUUGAACAAAGACGCGCCUGGGGACACGGGGGGAUCUUCCAGGGGGUGUGGGAGACGCUGCGUUCCAGGGAUUCAAAGGGUCCCUGGGGGUUGCUCAGGGCUUUGGGCACCCCAGGCCCAGCGGCUCCGGCUGUACUGGGAGACCCUGGCUGAGGUUCUGGGGCAGCUGAUCAAUGACCCCCUGCCCUGACCCUGUCCCCAUGUCCCCCUGUCAUGGCUCCUACUGUCCCGUGUCCAGGAUCCCCCUCUCCACACUUUCACUGUUUUUGCCCCCAGCUUGUUCUGAUCUCACCCCCCUCCUGUCCUGCUCCCAUUCCCUGUACCCAUUCCCAUCUCACUGCCUUCGUCAUUUCCAGUCCUUGUCCCCUCUUUCUGGCCGCUGCUAGCAUUGCUCUGGCCCCUUCCAUUCCACCCUGCUGCGCUGGCUACAAUUCCCUAUUAUAUUCUCAGUUAAAUUCCUAAUUUAAGCCUGCAGGGCCUUUCCCUCCUGCUCGAUGCGAGUUCGGCCGCAAUUUCCAAAAUUCGUCUUUUGGUGCCAGGACCAGGAUCUGUGUCCAUUCCUCAUCUGCAACAGGAUCCGUGCCCAUUUCUGGGAUUUGUGCCCAUUCCCAAUUUCCAAUGGGAUUUGUGCCAAUUCCCAAUUUCCAAUGGG